AUGGCGAAGUUGAACGAAAAAAGGGAAGCAGAGCUGGUAUCUGCCCCCAAAGAUGCAAAAACAGCCUCUCUCACGGAGAGUAGUAAUGCCGAGGAGCACAAUGGUAUUAAUGAGAAGGCCUUGCUUCGAAAGCUGGAUUUUCGACUCCUCCCUCCGCUGACAAUCCUAUACCUUCUGUCGUUCCUGGACCGGAGCAACGUUGGAAAUGCUCGCCUCGAGGGCUUGACGGAGGAUGUCAAGAUGACGGGCAACCAGUACUUGACCGGACUCACGCUGUACUUCAUUGGUUACGUGGUGUUCGAGAUUCCCUGCAAUAUCGCCUUGAAAAAGACUACGCCCCGGAUUUGGCUGCCUACGCUCACCCUCGCAUGGGGUAUUGUUGCCACUCUUCUGGGUGUGGUUCAGAACUAUCCCGGAUUCCUGGUUUCACGGACCUUUCUUGGGAUUACCGAGAGCGGACUGUUCCCGGGAGUCGUCUUCUACCUUUCCAUGUGGUACAAGCGGAAUGAGCAACACUACCGAGUCGCGCUGUUCUUCAGCGCCGCGUCCCUGGCUGGCGCUUUUGGCGGAGUAUUGGCUUGGGGGAUUGCGCACAUGCGAGGUGUCGGGGGGUACAGUGGCUGGCGGUGGAUUUUCAUCCUGGAGGGUCUCUUGACAAUCAUCAUGUCCAUUGUCGCGUAUUUCUGGGUGUACAACUAUCCGGCAACCGCAGAAUUCCUGUCCGAGAAAGAACGCGCCUUCAUCCAAUUCCGCCUGAAGAAUGACAACGACUCCACCCGCGAUGAGCAGUUCACCUGGUCGGCCGUGUUGGAUGCCUUCAAGGACCCGAAGGUGUGGCUGUAUGGCCUGGGCUUCCACACCAUGUCCCUACCGCUCUACACUCUGUCCUUGUUUCUGCCCUCGAUCAUCAAAGAGCUGGGAUACACAGCUGCGGAAGCCCAGCUGCUCUCCGUCCCUCCGUACGCCGUGGCCUUCGUGCUCACCCUCACCGUGGCCAUUCUCUCCGAACGAACCCGUCGCCGUGCGCCGUUCAUCAUGGGAUCUUCCGCGCUCGCCUGUAUUGGCUACAUCCUUCUGCUUUCUGACCCCCGACCGGGCGUGUCCUACGUGGGCACCAUCUUCGCGGCUGCUGGCAUCUACCCGGCCGUCGCGAUUGUGCUCUCGUGGCCGGCCAACAACGUCUCUGGUCAGACAAAACGAUGCAUCGCCAACGCCAUGCAGAUCUCCAUUGGCAAUUGCGGCGCGGUGCUCGGCACGCAGCUAUACCGGACAGAGACGGCCCCGCGCUACUUCCUCGGCCAUGGGUUUGCGCUGGGGUAUCUCGUCGCUAAUAUUGUUGUGGUGUUCAUCCUGUGGCAGGUACUGAAUCGGGAAAACGCCGAGAAGGCCCGGAUCAGAGACAGAGAAGGUCUCCCGGCGCUGAUGGGCGAUGUUGGCGAUGCCGAGGGCGAUUUCCAGGGGGAUAAGGACCCGCGGUGGAUUUUCCAGACCUGA